GGUGACUACAUUUUAAUCCGGAAUCACACUGGAAAGGUGGCUGCCUGAGAAUUGAAUGCUUCCACGCGUCAAAGUCUGCAGAAUUGAGGCAGCGUCUCGACAAGCUGACAAAAAUAGCCCACACUCAAUCCACCAAGGAUCUGAUGCAAUAGAUGCUGGGCUGGACAUCCUUUGCGCGGUCGCAUCGCUCGAGCUCCCGUUUCAGGUUUUAUGCAUUUAGGCUGCCACGAAUGGAGAGAGAUAUCAACCUCAAGUAAACCACUGAGAGGAUGGAUUGAAAAUAGCUAGACUAUAGGUUCGACACCAUGGACUCGCAGUGGAGCUUCUCACAUCUCAACUCCAGGUCGCUUAACUCCUCAUUCAUCCGCGACAAUGAAUUUGGUCCCUUCUUGAAGAUUGCUGGAAAGACGACGUUUGAUUUCACUCUUUUGUUUGAGGAGUCAAUCCUGUCAAUCUUGCCAUCUGCUUUGUUCUUACUUUUGAUUCCACCGAGGAUCUUUCGAUUAUGGAAGACCCCGCGCAAGGUGACUGGAAGCUAUCUUCAAACGACCAAGAUUAUUCUCCUUGCUAUCUUCAGUGUAUUGCAAAUUGUCAAUGUCAUUGAAGUGUCCCAAUCAUCAUUCAGAACUCGUGCUUCUCUCGCUGCUGCUUUGCUUGCACUUGCCGCUGCAGUCGGCCUGUACGUGCUGUCGUACUUUGAGCACACCAAAAGCAUUCGACCAAGCUCAAUCAUCGACGCCUAUCUUCUUGUUACGCUCCCAUUUGAUGCUGCUCAACUCCGUACCAGAUGGCUUCGUGGAAACGGUAUCGCGGAAAAUGGCAUCUUAUCCGCUCUCUUUGCCGUCAAACUUAUGGUUCUUAUCUUCGAAGCCACGGAGAAGAGACGACUACUCUUCUCACCUUAUGCAGAUCCAUCUCCAGAAGCUACUAGUGGAUUGUACUCUCGAGGUCUUUUCUGGUGGCUUACCCCGCUCUUUCGACUAGGAUUCAGGAACGUCGUCAAUGAAGACGAUCUGUUUGCAGCUGAUGGGGAUUUACUGUCAAAAUCACUCGAGACAAGGUUCAACAAAUAUUGGGCAAGCCGCUCGAGAUAUCCUAAGAAACAUACCCUGGUCUGGGUUACGGCACGUUCAAUGCUGGGUCCGUUUACGUCCGCAGUAUGGCCACGUCUCGCAUUGACCUUUUUUCGCUUCAUGCAGCCACUUCUGAUCAGCAGCAUCACGAAGCUAGUGCAAGAGCCCAACUCUGAGGCCUCUUCUGAUCGUGGAUGGGGUCUGACAGCGGCCGUUGGGCUCGUUUACGUCGGCCUGGCUAUAACUGGUGGAGCUUACCAGCACAAGGCAAACAGAAUGGCAACGAUGGUUAGGGGAUCGCUUGUGAAUGCAAUUUACACCCAAACUCUGGACUUGUCAAUUACCAGUCUUGAUGAGUCGGCCGCUGUUACUCUCAUGUCCUCGGACGUCGAACGAAUAUGCGAGGCCCUCCUUCCGAUACACAACAUCUGGUCAGGACCCACUGAAAUCGCAUUGGCAAUCUGGCUGCUUCAGAGACAGAUUGGUCUAGCUCUCUUUGGUCCGUUGAUCAUAACCGCCUGCGCGAUAUCAGGCCCAUUCUUUAUCUCACCGCAUAUGGGGAAAGCGCAGAAGGCCUGGAUGGAAGGUGUCCAGACCAGAAUCGAUGCAACGGCAAAGAUGCUACAGGCGAUGAAAGGGGUCAAAAUGCUUGGUCUAAGCUCGAAAAUGUCCAGCAUUGUCACUCAACUCAGACUGGACGAGAUCACUAGAUCAUUGAAGAUGAGAAAGCUCUUCGUCGGGAUGAUCGCUUUUGGUAACAUGUCCGAUGCCUUUGCCCCUGGGACUGCUUUUGUAAUCUUUGUUAUCCAGGCUACCGUCAAUCACCAGACCCUUGAUGUCACCAAAGCUUUUACGGCACUUUCACUUAUUGCUCUGCUGGUUGCACCCAUUCGCCAAGUAGUCUUCGCCACUCCACCUCUUCUAGCUGCUGUUGGGUGUUUCGACAGAAUUGAGAAAUUUCUAUCCUCACCGACCAAGAAAGAUCAUCGAAUGCUAGUACCAGCGCAAGGUCAAUCUAGUGACAUGAUUGGAGAGGGAUCAUUGACCCCAGAGUUAGUCAUCGAAUCAGAUAUUGAGUUACAAGACAUCAGACCCAGAAACCUCGACUCAUCGCAAACAACCAUCCGCGUCCGAAAUCUGACACUUGCAUGGUCCGACGAGCAAAGUCCAGUGAUCAACGAUAUUUCCAUUGACUUUCCAACUGGGGACUUGACGAUGAUCGUGGGUCCUGUCGGAUGUGGCAAGUCGAGUCUGCUUCGAGGGCUACUGGGAGAAACCCCUUCGACGAAGGGGAAUGUGUACAUUGACCGAGCAUAUACAGCGUUCGUUGACCAGACUUCCUGGAUUCAGAACACCAGUGUCCGGAAAAACAUCAUUGGAGUUUCUGAUUUUGAGCCCGAAUGGUACACCAAGGUUGUUCACGCUUGUGCGCUGGACACGGACAUCGAGACACUUCCGGAAGGUGACAGUACUAAGGUCGGCUCGGCCGGAGCUGCACUGUCUGGAGGUCAAAAGCUGCGUAUAGCACUGGGUAGAGCUGUUUAUUCUCGACAAAAGGUUUUGAUGCUCGACGAUGUUUUCAGUGGACUGGACGCCAUAAGUGAAGAUCGCAUUUUCUCACGCUUGCUAGGAAAGAAUGGCCUGCUCCGUCAACUAGGCACGACAGUCAUCCUUGUUACACAUGCGGCUCAUCGCCUGUCCUACGCUGAUCACAUCAUUGCGCUGAAUGCCAAUGGUACCAUUUCAGAGCAAGGAAAACUCCAAGAGCUGCUCGGGAAGAAUGGGUAUGUGGCUGGGCUUGCCGCACGACAUGUAUCAGAAGACACACCUAAUGAAGAACCAGCUCCAGCAAAACCUGCGGCAGGUGAUGAUGUGGCCAGGCAGAACGCUGCAGCCGACAUCCAUCGCGGUGCAGGAAACUGGGCAGUUUAUGAUUACUACUUUAGAAGCGCUGGUCGGAGGAAUGUCUUGAUCUGGAUGGUGUUAAUGAUUUUUUAUAGCGCUUUUGCUCUCUUUCCAAAUUUGUGGGUAAAAUUCUGGACGAGCGCCGUUGCUGCUCAUGGAAACUCGGUCAAUGGGCUCUACCUUGGCAUAUUCAUCGCAUCAGAAGUUCUCGCUAUUGCCUUAUUGAUGGUUUUGGCCAGCAUGCAGUUUAUCAUCAUGAUACCCCGAUCAGCCAGAUAUCUUCAUGGACGAUUACUUGAAACCGUUGAAAAUGCACCGCUCUCUUUCUUCACUUCCACAGACUCCGGGCAAAUCGUCAACAGGUUCAGCCAAGACUUGUCAGUCAUCGACAUGGAACUUCCACUGUCAGGCCUGAUACUCGCAAGUAACACUUACAACGCGAUUAUACAGGCGAUCUUCAUCUGCAUAUCGGCCUCUUACUUCGCUAUUGUCUUGCCAUUUGUAGCUAUUGUUUGCUACAUAAUACAGAAGUUCUACCUCCGGACUUCUCGACAAAUCAGACUCAUGGAUCUCGAAGCAAAAGCACCCCUCUACAGCAACUUCCUCGAGACUCUGAGCGGAAUGGUCACAAUCCGCGCUUUUGGAUGGAGCAAAGAUAUGGAGAAACGAAACAUGGAGCUUCUUGACGCAUCUCAAAGGCCAUUUUAUCUUCUAUAUUGCAUUCAGAGAUGGCUGGCUCUGGUCAUCGACUUGGCUGUGGCUUUUCUGGCUGUCAUCUUGGUGGCAUUGAUUGUUCGAUUUCGCCACAGUACUAAUGCCGGGUUUGUUGGCGUGGCACUCAUCAGCAUAAUGAAUUUCAAUCAGUCUUUGACUGUUGUCAUCCAAUGCUGGACUGCUCUGGAAACUUCCUUGGGUGCCAUAUCGAGAAUAAAGUCAUUCGUUGGUAGCGUGCAGUCGGAGAACCUUCCCGGAGAAUGUCAAGAAGUACCGGCGGAGUGGCCAACCAAGGGCAGCAUCGAUGUUUCGGACAUAUCUGCUGCGUAUGCUCUUGAUCAACAAUCGGCUCUUCAAAACAUCAACCUCUCGAUCCCUGGUGGUCAGAAAAUUGGAAUAUGCGGACCUUCUGGAUCUGGGAAAUCCUCCUUCGUCGCCCUACUUUUCCAUAUGUUGGAAAUCAAAGAAGGAUCAAUCACCAUCGACGGCGUGGAUCUUUCAACGAUCCCUCGGAAAGCACUAAGAGAGCGUCUGACCGUCAUCCCUCAAGAUCCGAUCUUUCUCAAAGGCACCAUUAGACAAAACCUCGACCCAUUGGAGUUCGCAGACUACUCGACAGCCGAGGCCGUUUUGAAGAAAGUCGGCUUAUGGACAAUAAUGACAAAUGCUGGCGGUCUCGACGUGCCAAUGGAAGCAGAAGACCUCCUCUCUCACGGACAGCGUCAACUAUUCUGUCUCGCACGAGCGAUGCUUCGAUCUUCCAAGAUUCUCAUCAUUGAUGAAGCCACAGCUAGUGUUGAUUUGCAGACUGAUGAACUUAUGCAAGGUAUCAUCAAGGAGCAUUUCAAGGAUUGUACGAUUAUUGCUGUGGCACAUAGGUUGAGGACCAUUAGGGAUUAUGACAGGAUUGCUGUUUUUGAUAAUGGGAGGGUUGUGGAGUUUGGGGAGCCGGGGACGUUGUUGGAGGAUGAGGGGAGUAAGUUUCGGGCUUUGUGGGAUGCUUGAUGUUGAGUGUGCUGAAAAUGGUCGUUGAGGUUUAAUAGAGUUAUUAGCGGUAUAGACUUUUUCAGGCGUUGGAAAGAUAGAAGGAUUGCCUACUUCUUAUCCAUAUCGACGUUUGGUCCUGUGUAUGAAGGGGUCUCGAAUUAGACAUCGGUGUUAAUUUGAUCGGUAAUGUUCUAUCUUAAGUGGCAUGUAGUAUGUGAGCGAUUUAUCAGGAUGCAUG